GUCGCUUUGUGCGUGCGCGUUGAUGUGAUUUUUCGUGUUAUGUGAAAAAAGCAUAAAAUACCAAAUAAAUUUGUAAAAUCUAUACAAAAUUCAAAAGAAAUCAAAACAGAAUAGAAAAAAACAAAUAGGAACAGAAAAAUCGUGACCGUUACUUUUGCGAAAUUGUCGCAAAGGCGACAAAAAAAUUUGUCGUCCAAACCUGCUCAUCAAUAAAACAUUUUAUUGUAACAAAAAAAGGCAAAAAAAGUAUUAAAUAUAAUAAAACCAAACCAAAAUUUUUUACAUAGAAAUAUUUGUAAAAAAAUAAAGGAAGAAAGUUUAGAAUAGUGAAAAACUUGCAAAAUAACUUUGCAAUAGACUUGUGACAAACGAUCAAUAUUAAAUAAAACAUUCAAAUAAACAUAAGCGAAUUAAAAAUAUAAAUAUUCGAAUAAAAAUCAUUUGCUUCAAAACACGUAUACGCGACAAAUUAAAGGACUUUACAUACAUACCUAAAAUUGAAAAGGCACCUUUGUAGCCGUGAAGUGAAAAGGUAUAUUUGGCAGUUGACUGCCGAACAUAGCCUAUUACCGCAGGUCUUCUUAAAGGCUACCUGUCUUAAAAUUUAACUACGAAUUGCACCAAAUAUUAAUCAUAAAAGACGCAGCAACAACAAAGGAAGCGUAAGCAGCAUACCGCAAGGCAUAUCAACAUAAUUAACUCAUUCGUCAAUUGUUUCGAAGAUGGAGCGACGUGGACGCAUACCGGUAGCGCGUUUUCGCACACAGGAGGGCAAAACACGCAGUCGCAGUCGUGUACGUGAUCCCGAUUACAAUGAGCAGGAUCCCGAAACUGAUCUUUUCACUUUGCUGGAAGACAAUAUUGCGCUGAAGGAGGAGAAUAAAGCGCUGAAGAUCGAAAUUGAAGAUGGCAAGAAGGCGCAAAAUGAGCUGGAGUCGGAGAAAACUAAAAUUCUCGAUGACUUGUCUGCUUUGAAGAAACAACAACUCGACAAUGAAACACAAUUAAAAGACUUAACCACUAAGUUGAAUAAAAUGAGCACUGAACGCAACGCUUUGGAUAAGUUGCAUAAGAUGAAAAUCGAAAAGAUUAGCGGCUUGGAGCAGGAGUUGCAAGUAUUGCAGGAGAAGCAAAAACUGUUAGCUGCAACACCACCAACCACACCGCGUACGACGGUUUUGCAUGCCACACCCUUAGCUUCAGCCAGCUUGAGCAGCAAAUUGCUGAAAAUAAUACCGACUUUGGGCAGCAAUGAAAUGGAGAGCAUCGUAGAUGUGGAACCCACGGCCGCCUUGCCCAUUACAAGCGAACUAGUCGAGCGUUUGGUCGACGAAUUUCAAACAUUGAAGAACUCAAUGAAUGCAGUGGAGCUGCAGCUCUAUGAAGCCAAUGAGAAAAUAGCUGAGUUGCUGGAAAAUCAACACCAUUUGGAGGAGGAGAACGAAACCAUGCGCACGGAGAACACGAAUCUGACCAAAGUUGCCAAACUGCUGACGGACAACAUGAAAGAGAGCGUUGAAACAAGCAAAAAAAUGGAAGCAGCGCUCAUCAAAUUAAAGCAACGCAACGAUGAACUGAAUGCGCGCACACGCGAUCUAACCGAUGGCCAGCCAGCGCCAAGUCCUUCACCCACAACAGAAAAGGUGAAUGAGGAAAUCGAACAAAUCAAAGAGGAAGUCGAAAAUCAAAAUCGCGACCAUAAUGAACGCAUUGUCGAAAUGAAAUCUCUUAUGGAAGCGGCUAUACAAAAAAAUACUAACGAUGAACUAAACACUUUCAAAGUAAGAGUGGAAAUUCUGGAAGAGGAAUUGCGCAAGGCGAUUGCACGUGCCGAGCAUGCCGAGAUUGAAUUACAGAAAUACAAAAAUAACUCUAACACAUCGACAAACUGCUUAACAACAUCCGCACAGACUGAACCAUUAAUAAUAACAACAACGACAGCGCCACCACCACCGCCGCCGCCGCCACUACCGCCACCACUACCAACUAAACUAAUUUAUAAGCAAGCGGACGUUGGUCCCAGCGGCGGGGCAGUAGGAGCAGCGACAUUCAGCGAUAGCAUCGUCGCACACACUUUGCAAAAGGAGAAAAUUAUCGGUACGGUUAAGCAACAUGUGCUAGGCGCAGCAACAGACAUGCCAGGAGCACAGCAGACGCUUAUGUUAAGAGCCUUAAACGCAUGCAACGUGCUCUGUGCGUGCCACAGACGAGUGUGGAAGGAGACACAUAUGUGUGCUGGCUGCCGUUCAACAAGUCGUAUACGUAACAUAUUUGCUGUUGGCGUGAGAGCUUUACCAACGUUUUACACCAGUUGCUGCUUAUUUCCUCUGUUUCGCAGCAUAAAGUAGCGAAUACUACUGCUACAUUGUUGUUGUUAUUAUUUUUUCCUUCUUUUUUAUAUUUUCGCUGUGUUCUUAUUCAGUCGCAGCCGAGAGUUUUGCAUGCACGUCCUUCGCUGUAAGACCAGAAGAUUUAUUUUAAUUUUCUGCGAUUUUUUCUUCUCACAUUUCGUAUUUGUUUACGGUUUUUUUUCGUUUCUACUCUACUUUUCUUUCAGAGUUAUCUUUACUUGAGCUGUAUUUUCAUUUCGUCAUUAAAUUAGUUGUAUGUACCAUAUUAAAUAUUAUAAAUAUGCAAUUAUCUGUGAUAUUCUUUAAAAGUAUUUUGAAUUUAAAGUCUUCAAGCAAAGUUGGUAUGUUUCAAUUCUUGGAUUGCUGUAAAUAUGAUGUUAUCUUAAAUCUGGAGUUUAUCAUGGAUUUUAUACUUUUGCUUCAGCACUCACACAGAGGUUUCCUAGGCCAUUAGAAAAAUUUUGUAUUUUUUGGUGGAUAAAAAACAUUUUAAAAAUUUGUAUUAAUUUUUUUUCUUUUCUUAAUAUUCGAUCAUACCUUUAUUGAAAGGGUAAUCACCAUGAAAAGUAUACAUAACAUUAUUAAAAUAUCACAAUGACAUCAUCAUAAUAUUUUAAUGCUGAAAGGAGUUAAAUAGCAUCAAGGUAUGGCUCGUAGUAGUUUUUGAAAAAGAAAAAAAUAAUAAAUAUCUUUU